UCCGCCUCUCGCGUCCUGAAUUGCUUCUUCCCGAGCUGAGGCGGCAUUUUCCGAGCUCGCUGCGGUCCAGGUGGCGUUCCUGUCCGGCCACGAGAGGCUGUGCAGCCCCGGCGCCCGCGGGCAAUGGUGCGGCGGAGCGCGCGGACGCGGGCGGCCCUUCGGCGGGCAUGAAGGAGGAUGGAAGGGCAGGACGAGGUAUCGGCGCGGGAGCAGCACUUCCACAGCCAAGUGCGAGAGUCCACGAUAUGUUUUCUUCUUUUUGCCAUUCUCUACAUUGUUUCCUACUUCAUCAUUACAAGAUACAAGAGAAAAUCAGAUGAACAAGAAGAUGAGGAUGCUAUAGUCAAUAGGAUAUCGUUGUUUCUGAGCACCUUCACUCUAGCAGUUUCAGCUGGUGCUGUUUUGCUUUUACCCUUCUCAAUCAUCAGCAAUGAAAUCCUGCUUGCUUUUCCUCAGAACUACUAUAUUCAGUGGCUAAAUGGCUCCUUGAUCCAUGGUCUGUGGAAUCUUGCUUCUUUAUUUUCCAACCUUUGUUUAUUUGUGUUGAUGCCCUUUGCGUUUUUCUUUCUGGAAUCGGAAGGUUUUGCAGGCCUUAAAAAGGGAAUCCGAGCCCGCGUUUUGGAAACUCUGGUCAUGCUGCUGCUGCUUGCAUUGCUGAUUCUUGGGAUAGUGUGGGUGGCAUCCGCCCUGAUUGACAGUGAUGCUGCCAGUAUGGAGUCUCUAUAUGAUCUCUGGGAGUUCUACUUGCCCUAUUUAUACUCCUGCAUUUCACUGAUGGGGUGUUUGCUGCUUCUCUUAUGUACCCCAGUUGGCCUUUCGCGUAUGUUCACAGUGGUGGGUCAGUUGCUGGUGAAGCCAGCGAUUCUUGAAGACCUGGAUGAACAAAUUUAUAUGAUUACCCUAGAAGAAGAAGCACUGCAGAGAAGACUUCAUGGGCUGUCGUCAUCAGUGGAAUACAACAUAAUGGAACUGGAGAAAGAGCUUGAGAAAGUAAAGACCCUUAAGACAAAAUUAGAGAGGCGAAAAAAGGCUUCAGCAUGGGAGAGAAAUUUGGUGUAUCCUGCUGUUAUGGUUCUACUUCUUAUUGAAACAUCCAUUUCAGUCCUCUUGGUGGCGUGUAAUAUUCUUUGUCUGCUGGUUGAUGAGACUGCAAUGCCAAAGGGAACAAGGGGGCCUGGGAUAGGAAGCGCCUCUCUCUCCACUUUUGGCUUUGUGGGAGCUGCACUUGAAAUCAUUCUGAUUUUCUAUCUCAUGGUGUCUUCUGUUGUUGGUUUCUAUAGCCUCAGAUUUUUUGGAAACUUUACACCCAAGAAGGAUGACACAACUAUGACAAAGAUCAUUGGAAAUUGUGUGUCAAUCUUAGUCUUAAGCUCUGCUUUGCCUGUGAUGUCAAGAACACUGGGAAUCACUAGAUUUGAUCUACUUGGAGACUUUGGAAGAUUUAAUUGGCUGGGAAAUUUCUAUAUUGUAUUAUCCUACAAUUUACUUUUUGCCAUUGUGACAACAUUGUGUUUGGUCAGAAAAUUCACGUCAGCUGUACGAGAAGAACUUUUCAAGGCCCUAGGGCUUCACAAACUCCACUUGUCAGAUACCUCAAGGGAUUCAGAAACUACAAAGCCUUCUGCCAACGGGCAUCAGAAAGCACUGUGAGACCUGGCUGCCUCAGUAGCAUUCUGCAGCAAGUCCUGACAACUCCUGACUCAUGACAUUCCCACAAACACAGAUCAGCUUGUGGUGGGGUCUGGGCCUGCCUGUCAGUGCCACCUUCUCAUAAUCACUGAGAACUUGGCAUUGCUGAUCUGUUUCUCAUUUGAAUUGUCUCACUGACCUUAUAGAUUUUGAUUAAAGCCCGAGUCUUAGAGACUGAGGAAAAGCUGGAUGUCUACAGCAGGGAACCAUCUGGAUAAGAGGUGAAGAUGUGCGAAGAGGAAACUUGGACUUUCUUAUGCUUUGCUUUAUAUCGUGAGAAGUUUGGUUCUGUAGACAGAAGCCUACCUGAAAGUCACUUGGUAUCCCAUAAUGUCUUUAGAAAGUCCUAGAAACUGCCGUACUAGUAACAAACUCCAUUUUCUAUUUUCUUAAAACCCCAAAAAAGUUUGUGAUUUAUGUUACAGAAUCUUCAUUAGACUUUGAGCCAGUGGAAAACACUAGAUUCUUUUCAAACCACAGCCUUGGUGGGCAGCCCCAGGACUAUCCUUUGUGGUAAGCUGCAGUAGGAAGCAUAUGUGAUUGUAUAUUUGGACAGUUUGGGUGUAUACAGCUGAUAAUACUCUUCAUAGUGCAGUGCCAGUGUAAGACACACUUGUAAUUUAGACUUUGCCUUAUAGGCCAUAUGUACAUUCACUUUUUAACCCCCCCCCCUUUUUUAAACUGCUACACUCCCCGUGCUUGUUUGCCUGUGGAACCCAUAGACAGAAUUUGCUUCUUCUUCAUGUCCCUCAGGCUUUGGUGACAUUCAUAUACGCCACCAUAAGUCUCCACCUCAGGAAAGUUACCAGUGUGAUACCCAGAACUCAAAGGUCAAGUUCUCCACGGAAGGGCAGGUACAGUGUAAUAGGAGUUCAUAAUUAUUCAGUUGUUUAGUUGUAAUUGUUGGGAUGCUUCCUCAACUCUUGAGUCUACUGAUUAAAUAAAAAAACAUGAGCACAUGCUGUUGUUGUCCCUAGGUAGCACACAAUUCACAGAAGUAUAGUGAUGCUCAUAUUUACUUGUAUGGAUAACAAAGCAGGGUUUGUGUUCAGAAAAAAAGUAAAGUAUUUUUUUCUCAAAUUGUUGAAUUUAGUUUGUUUUAGAGAAAUAUAGGAAAGCCUGUAUCUGACUGUUUUUGCUUUUACUUAGAAAACCAAGAAAAUUUAGCUGUAUGUUUCAAGCCAUGGAGUACAGUUUUUACUUACACCAUGGCAUUCUCUGGUACCCCAGGUUAGCUUUAAGGAAAAGGAACAUUGGUGCUGUGGCUCUGAGUAAUUUCAGUCCAUGCUGCCAGUGAGUACUAGUAGAUUCCUGAGUGUGAGGUCCUGCACUAGUACAAUGAAAGUUGACUACUUUCAAAUUUCCCUGAUCAUUAUGCCUACAUUAGCCAGGCUCUACUUCUUCCUGAAACUUGAAAUCCAUCCUUUGAGCAGACCAAGUGGAGAGAAGAUCGGGGAGCAGUUUCCUACUGCAGGCACUUACAGUGACACCAUUGCCACACAGCCACACAGAGCUCCUGCUAGUCUGUGAGGUGUCCGAAACUUUCAUAGAAUAUUAAACUUUUCAAUGUCUGUCUCAACUUUAAUUUUUAGUGUGUGUGUGUGUAUGUGUGUGACCAUGAGUGAAGAUCUGAGAACAACUUUCAGGAGUCAGUUCUUUAUUUUCACCAUGUGUAUGCUGGUGAUUAAGAUACCUGCUGAGCCAUCUCAUUGGCCAGUCCUAAACUUUUUUUUGACUAAUUUUUAUUUUUUAUAUUAAUCACAGGUAUUUACUUUGUAUCCCAACCAUAGCCCCCUCACUCUUUCCCUUUCAAUCCCUCCUCCUUCCCUCAUCUCCUCCCUGCCCCCUUCCAAGUCCACUGCUAGGGGAGGCCUUCCUCCCCUUCCAUCUGACCCUAGCUUAUCAGGUAUCUUCAGGACUGGCUGCCAUGUCCUCCUCUGUGGCCUAGCAAGACUGUUCCUCCCUCGGGGGAUUAGGGGGCCAGAUAAAGGAGCCAGUCGUUGAGUUCAUGUCAGAAAUAGUUCCUAUUCCCCUUACUAGGGAAACACACUUGGUUACUGAGUUACCAUGUGCUAUAUCCCAGCAGGGGUUCAAAAGCCUACGGCAGAGGGCCUCUGAAAGACUCUACCUAGCAGUGUAUCAAAGCAGAUGUGGAGACUCAUAAUCAAACCUUCAGCAGAGUGCAGGGAAUCAUAUGAAAGAAGGGGGAGUUAGUAUGACCUAGAGAGGACAGGAGCUCCACAAGGACAAAAUAUAUCAGGGCAUGGGGGCCCUCUAUGAGACUGUUUCUCCAACCAAGGACCAUAUAAGGAUAUAACCUAACCUUUUUAAUCAUUGGAAGUUUUGAAUAUGGGAGCCAGGCUUGGGUAACUAAGCCUAGUCAGAUAUAUGAUGAAUUUUAAAACACUGACUAGAGGUAUUUGCUGAUGAGAUGAAAAGUGGGCUUUAAGGGGUAUUGUCUCACCUUGGAUCUCAGGCCCUCUAUGGUUGAUCUACUGCAUGGUUGUGACCCUUUAAUGGUCACUGGUCAUUCACCUGAGAGUCUCACCUGGAGAGAGGGACUGAGUCCAGGUGCAGUCACUGCAUUGGGCAUGUGCUGAAGGCUGACUGAUGCAGAACUUCACAAGUGGACAGCAGCACGCUGAGGCUUCCCAUUCUAAAUUCACGAAGACACGUACACACAGGAUUCUUGCAUUGUAGAGGUAUUUUACAGAAAAUGCAGAAAGUUCUGCAAACAAGUGUUCUUAUUCACACUAGUCAUGGUGUUUUGUUUUUUUUUUUUUUUAAACUAGAUGAGGCUGCAGCAGGGACUGAUAAUUUGUUCUGCUGUUCUUUCACCUUGAAUUUCCUCUUUAAAAGGGCACGAAGCUGGGCAUGGUGGUGUUUGCCUUAAUCUUAGCAUGCAAGAGGCAGAAGCAGGAGGAUACUAUGAAUUUGAAGCCAGCCUGGUUUACAUAGUGGGUUCCAGGCAAGUCAGAGUUACAUAGUGAAACUGUCUCAAAAAACAAAACAAUAAAACAAAACAAAAUAAGGGCAUGCGGAUUGGGGUGGAGUGGCUAGAGAUGUCUCAGCAGUUCAGAGAACUGGGUGUUCUAUUAGAGGACUCAAAUUUGGUUCCCAGCAUCCACAUGGUGGCUUACAGCCAUCAGUAACUAGUCACAGGGAUCUGAAACCCUUUUCAGGCCUCCAUGGGCACUGCAGGCACAUGCUGCAGGAAAACCAUCCCUACACAUAAAAAUAAUACAAUUUAAACUAAAAGGGUACCAGGUACUUACAGAUCUUAAUGAGGAGAUACAACAAAUAUUAUGGAUUCAAACAUUGCUUAUCUAUAUUUGUCUAUCUGACUAUCUAUCUAAUCUAUCCAUCUUUUAAUAAUUUUUUAAAAAUUAUUUAUUUCUAUAUAAAUUAUACUUUAUAUCCCAGCUGUAGCCCCCCUCUUUUCCCCUCCCAAUCACACCCUCCCUCCCUCAUUUCCUCCCAUGCCCCUCCCCAAGUCCACAGAUAUGGGAGGUCCUCCUUCCCUUUCCUCUGACCCUAGCCUAUCAGGUCUCAUCAGGACUGGCUUCUUUGUCUUCCUUUGUGGCCUGGUAAGGCUGCUCCCCCCUCAGGAGGGUGAUCAAAGAGCCAGCCACUGAGUUCAUGUCAGAGACAGUUCCUGUUUCCAUUACUAGGGAACCCACGUAGAGACUGAAAUGCCAUGGGCUAUAUCUGUGCAGGGGUUCUAGGUUAUCUCUAUACAUUGUCCUUGCUUGGUGUAUCAGUCUCAGAAAAGACCCCUGUGCCCAGUUUUUUGGUUCUGUUGCUCUCCUUGUGGAGCUCUUAUUCCCUCCAGGUCUUUCUAUCUCCCCCUUCUUUCAUAAGAUUCCCUGCACUCUGCCCAAAGUUUGGCUAUGAAUCUCAGCAUAUGUUUUGAUACCCUGCUGUGUAGAAUCAUUCAAAGGCCCACUGUGAUAGGCUCCUUCUUAUUCCCUGUUUUCUCCUUCUUCUGAUGUCUAUCCUCUUUGCCUUUCUGAAUGAGGACUGAACAUCUUACCCAGAGUCCUUCUUGAUUAGAUUCUUUAGGUGUACAGAUUUUAGUAUGUUUGUCCUAUAUUAUAUGUCUAAUAUCCACUUAUAAGUGAGUAUAUACCAUGUGUGUCUUUCUGCUUCUGGGAUACCUCACUCAGGAUGAUCUUUUUUAGUUCCCACCGUUUGCCUGCAAAUUUCAUGAUUUCCUUGUUUUUAAUUGCUGAGUAAUACUCCAUUGUGUAAAUGUACCACAAUUUCUGUAUUCAUUCCUCAACUGAGGGGUUGUUUCCAGCUUCUGGCUAUUACAAAUAAAGCUGUACAGAUAUGGUUG